CAGCCACUGCGACUAGUGGCCCGUCUCCCGCGUAUGCGAGAGAUGGCCGCUCUAUCGUUUUAUAGAAAACACAAGUAAAACAUGAGCGCCGAGGAGAGGCUUGUUACCGAGAUUCCGAGUAGUUUAAAACAGCUGGCACGUCUUGUUGUACGAGGAUUUUAUACUAUAGAGGAUGCAUUAAUUGUGGACAUGUUAGUUAGAAAUCCAUGUAUGAAGGAGGAUGAUAUUUGUGAAUUACUAAAAUUCGAACGUAAGAUGUUGAGAGCUAGGAUAUCUACAUUACGCAGUGACAAAUUUAUCCAAGUGAGAUUAAAGAUGGAGACAGGAUCUGAUGGCAAAGCCCAAAAAGUCAACUAUUAUUUUAUCAAUUACAAAACAUUUGUAAAUGUUGUAAAGUACAAACUGGAUUUAAUGAGAAAGAGAAUGGAAACAGAAGAAAGAGAUGCAACUAGUAGGGCUAGUUUUAAAUGUACAACUUGCUUAAAAACUUUUACUGACCUUGAGGCAGAUCAACUUUUUGACAUGACAACUGGUGAGUUUAGAUGUACGUAUUGUCGAGAAGUGGUUGAGGAAGAUCAAUCUGCUCUACCGAAGAAAGAUUCUAGAUUAUUAUUAGCAAAGUUUAAUGAACAAUUGGAACCACUCUAUAUACUAUUAAGGGAAGUAGAAGGAAUCAAAUUGGCACCUGAGAUAUUAGAACCAGAACCUGUCGAUAUCAACACUAUUCGAGGCCUUGACACAAGAAAAUCGAUUCUUCGUGCACCUGGUGAACACUGGUCAGGUGAAGCUACCAGAACAUCAGGCUUUAUGGUAGAAGAUACCAGAGUGGACGUCACUAUUGGAGAUGAAGAUGCUGAUGAUAAUGCAGUAAAUCACAGGAAGGAAAGACCUAUAUGGAUGAUGGAAAGCACAGUUAUUAAUACUGAUGGUUCUCAGCCUGACGGUGUGAAUACACAAGAAAGCAUCUUGGACAAAGCUGCAGCCACUGCCACAAAUACAACCACAGUGAACAACAAACAAGGCGAUGAUAUCAUGUCAGUAUUGUUAGCUCACGAGAAGAGGGGUAGCACCAAUACCUCAGCAGCUGUUAAAGCUGCAUUUCCUCAGGACUCCAGUGAUAGCAGUGAAAAUGAAGAAGUUUCAGAAAUGCAGACCAUCGAUGCAGGAGAUGUGGAGCUGAUGGACUCGGAAGAUGACGAGCUCGCGCCGACUGUCAGCGUCGCCGGGAAGACCGUCGCGAUCACCGACGUGAACAACACUCUAAUCUGUCAGAUGACACCCAUGGAGAAGGAAGCUUACAUCCAAACGUAUCAGGAAUAUUAUUCACAUAUGUAUGAUUAAAUGCAUGAUUAAAUGAAGGGAACCGUAUGGAUCAUCGUGUGCAUAAGACUGAUCAAUUCAGGAAACCUUUGCAUCCUGUAAUAUUUUGUAUAGUAUAUGAAAUAUAUCUAAUUUUCGGGAAUUUUCACGAAAUGAUCCUUCGUCUCUCGCGUGUUAUCGCAAAUACUCUAUAGAGGGACAAUUGUCGUCAAAUCAUGUGUUACUUUGUGUUAAAUGUGUGCGACGCUUCGACACGUUUUUCGCUACAUUCGCAUUGGGAAGAUCAGGAUCUGAGGAGAAAUAAAGCAGCCUUUUUAUAGUUUCAUAUAUGUA